UAAUUCAGCUUAUCAGAACUGCAGAGGUCUCGGGUUCGAAACCCUCUUUUCCUAAAUCCCCAAUUUUUUUUUCCCCCGUUUCCGAAUCUCUUGCCGGCGGGCGUUUCCCAUGAAUUCAGGCGACCAAGUUCCCCGGAAGUCGAAGCGGAGGUUCCAACCAAGACCUCCGAAGCCUUCUCUCCGGCCGAUUGCUCCAACCUCAAAAACCGAAGCUGAGGCUGAGGAGGAAGAGAAUAGAAAAGCAGCUCGACAAUUAGCCAAACGUAUCGGCACUGGCCAGAGGAGACCCAAAACCGAAACGAAAGCUUCUUCUCCUGAAGUUGCAUUCCAACCAAGCUUGUCAUCACUUGCAAUAAGGUCGUUUAGUGUUCCUAAAGAAGAUGACAAGCCCAGUUCUGAUGUAUAUCCCUCUUCUUCUGCUGGUAUUCUUCCUCCUGUUUCGUCUAUUACUCCCCAAGAAGAUGAAGAGGAGGUUCAUAAUUUGGUUACAAGAACUGGGGAAGACUACGUUGAACCUUGGGAUUAUAGAAACUCAUACUAUCCUACCGUUCUUCCAUUGAGAAAGCCUAACUCUGGUGACCCAGAACUUCUUGACCAGGAGGAAUUUGGGGAAGUGGCUAAACACCGUGAUUAUGAGGAGAACACCAUCAACUCAGCAGAAGAACUCGGUCUGACAUCGGUGCAACACUGCAAAAAUCAGAUGUUUUUCUUUAAGAUCCCGGACUGUCUCCCUGUAAUGAAGCAAUCGACAGGAGCAACCACCAAGAGAUCAGUACGGGAGUAUAGUUCAGGGAGAAGCAACCCAUUUGAAGGUUUACCAGAGGGAUUCAUGGGCAAAAUGCUGGUUUACAAGAGCGGUGCUGUCAAGUUGAAACUUGGAGAUGUCCUCUUUGAUGUCUUACCAGGUCCGAAUGCAAAAUUCCAUAAUGAUGUGGCAGCAAUCGACACCAAAGGGAGGAACUGCUGUCGCAUUGGUUCUUCAGCCAAGUUUGUGACUGUUACUCCCGAUGUUGAGGCUCUUUUGAACUCUGCUUCAGACAUGGAAACACACAAGUGAAGGUUGUUCUGGAUAUAGCAGGUCCUGUUCAUACAAGGAUGUGAAAAGCGUAGUAUUGACCACUUAGAUUCUGUAACUACAACCUAAUCUUCAGCCAUGAUCGUAAAAACUCUUCUUGUUGUCUUCUUCUGUAGUAAGAGAUUCACAUUCGGGAUAAAAGAAAGCUUUUAACAUUUUGA